AUGUGGAAAGUACGUCUUGGAAAUAGACUACUUGCAACGCGUGCUAAUGUUAGGGGCCUUUCAUACAGUACUAAAUCAUACUCCGCAAAUUUCUACUAUGCGAAUGGAAUUCUUAAUGCUACAAACUUUGCAAAUCGUAACUCCGGAAAAUACUCCAUACAGUUCACACCAAAUUAUAGGUUAAUCACUGGAGUAUCACAGAGAAAAACUAAGGCUGCCGUGCAUGCCGUCGAGCAGCAUAUAGAGAGAGCAGAUCUCGGCUUCUGUCAUCCUGUGCCGAGAAAGGAGAGCGCCGAAACCACUUCUCAAAUACCCUUUGGAGUUAAGCCGAGGAAGUCAGCCCAUAUUCAGGGGUUGUCGGUAGUGCAGAGAUGUCUGGCUGGUGAGAAGUUAUCGUGGAAGCAAAUCUCCGUUCCCUAUUUCAUGCUCGCAAAACCGCACUUGACGUUUCUAAUCAUGCUUUCAUCUACUUGUUCUUACGUUCUAGCACCGGGUCCGACCAAUGUAGCUGCAUUUUUGUGCCUUACUGUAGGUACUAUAUUGGCUUCGGGUGCUGCAAACGCUAUUAACAUGGGUCGAGAGCCGUUAUUUGAUAAACAGAUGGCGAGGACCGCUACGAGACCUGUCGUUACAGGAAAAAUCACCUCACAAGAAGCAUAUACGUUUGCGGCAAUCUCAGGAACUGCUGGUUGUGCAAUCCUUUACUUCGGAGUCAAUCCUUCUGUGGCGGGACUUGGACUUCUCAAUAUUAUGCUUUAUUCUUGGAUUUACACUUCUUUGAAAAGAAAAUCCAUUUUGAACACGUGGAUAGGUGCCAUCGUUGGUGCCAUUCCACCGCUUAUGGGUUGGGCAGCUUGCUCAUCCCUUAUGGAUCCAGGCGCAUGGCUUCUCGCUUCGAUGUUGUAUGCUUGGCAGUUCCCUCACUUCAACUCGUUAAGUCACAACCUCAGAACAGAAUAUAAACGUGCGGGAUAUGUUAUGACGGCAUUUGUCAACCCACAAUUGAAUGCUCGUGUAGCUCUUCGGUACUCGUUACUCAUGUUUCCUAUCUGCAUUGGUAUGAGCUACUUUGGCGUUUGUGAUAAGUAUUUUUCAUUAGAUUCUUCUAUCUUCAACGGUUAUUUGUCUUAUAGAUCAUUUAUGUUUUGGUGGCAGCAGCACAAAAACUAUUCUAGGGCUACAUUGGCUGCUGGCGGACCAACUAAGGAGGCCAUUGCUAAAGCCAGUAUCUAUGCCAGAAAAACCUUUUGGGGCUCCAUCUGGCAAUUGCCGGUUGUUCUUGCAUUAAUGAUGUUGCAUAAGCAAGGACAAUGGGACAGAUUUUUCCAUAGAGAAGAAGAUGAAGAGAGUUCUCGGAAGCCACAUGAAUUUAGCGGCUGA